AUGGGGAGUGUAGUAGACUCGAGUGUCCGCAUGCAGCACCCACCCGGCCGACGACGUCACGCGAAAACUCCUCCGCCUCGGCGGGAGAUCAUCGCCCUCUCCUUCUCCCCGCCAACAACCUGCAGUGAAAUGGGUGCGGGCCUGUGUUUUCCCAAUGAUGCGCCCACGGCCCGCGUCUUCCCUACAGAAGACAACAAUGAGGAGGAAGCAUUGAGAUCCUGGCGGUCUGCCCUUGAAACGAUAUAUCGUCACAAUGCUCGCCGUGUGCCGUCGAAUUACACCCCCAAAUCCGAAACCGAGAAAGCCCUGCAGGAUUCCAUCCGUGCGCUGGAGGUCCAAUGCCGCGAGCGAGUCGAUCUGCUAGCAGCCCUGCGUGAGAGUCGGAAGGAGUCCGCCGAGGCUAACGGCACGAAGGAGCCUGCAACACUUACAAAGGGUAAAUCCCCAGCCACAGCGCCCGCGCCGCCGUCGUCUAAUCCUCCAGGCUGGAUCGGAGACGGUACCAUUCCCGCCGUCGGCUACACGGAUCUCUCGAAGCCAGCCACCAUACCUGGACGACCUGCUCCUCCGCCGAUAGCGAGACAGAACUCCGACACCCUCCAAGCCUACGAUGACCCCGUUCCCUCGGGCCUGUCGCCAUCCGGCUCGCCUGCCCUCCGUAUGAACUCGAAUUCUUCAGACAAAACGAAGUCUCGCGGAUCUAGUCCUGAACGGCGGAAAGUGAUGUUGACGACGCUGCGCAAUAAGGAUGGCAAGAAGAAUGGAAAGAAAGCCAAGGUGGCGCCUAAGCGCAAGGAGACCCGGCCGGCCGCCUCCAAAGCAGCAGGCCUGGCAUGGGGCAGUCUCUACCGGUCGCCGUCGACUGAUAAGCGCACGAACGAUGCUGCAGUGGCUUCGUCUCGCAGCCUUGUCAACAAUGACCCGAGCUUUCGUCGUGACCCUGAUCCGAGAUCCAGUUCGGGGGAAGAGCCUUCCUCGGUGAGACCUCGGCCGCAGAAGAAAGAUUCAUCUACAGACCGGAUUCCCGCCGCACACUGGCGAGGGCCUAUGCAUUCAUCUCCUCCACGAUCUUCUCCUCGGCCUACUUCACAGACAAUUCCGCGCCAGCUCCAGCCUGGCUCUGAUAUUCGCCGGGCUCCUCAAUCUUCGGCACCGGCGCCUGUUGUUAUGCCGGGCCCAAAGGAUUACGCAAGCCCAUCUUCGCCCGUGCCAAAACCAUCUAUCAAACCCAAACCUGUGGCACUGAGGUCGUCACUUCCGCCUCCGCCGCGCGUAACUCCUGUUACCAAAUCUGAGGGCAAUUCUCGUCCAGACACGCCUCGUCAGGACCGCGAGGCAAAUGUUUCUGGUAGCAAACCUCGAACAAAAUCUGCCCCGAGAACGACAAAGAUUGGCCAAGCAUCCUAUAUGUCACCAUCCUCAGGUAGUGAUGAUAUCCAACAUGGUGUCAACCGAAUGUCAAUUUCUGGGGCGAACGGUAACAGUGCGGUUCGACGGAAGCCACCGCCCGUAAAGCGGCGAGAGACGCCGCCAUCAAGCGAUCAAGAGUCUUGGGGACGGCGUUCUUCAGUGGACGAGGCCGAAGAUGAAGAGGAAGAUCAGGAGAAUCAGGAUGUGGUGAGGAUUAUGAACAAUCUCCCCAAGGGCGUUGAUCCUCAGUCGGCGCGCCAGAUCCUGAACGAUAUUGUCGUACGUGGAGAUGAAGUACACUGGGACGAUAUCGCAGGGUUGGAGACAGCAAAGAAAGCACUGAAAGAAGCCGUGGUGUAUCCAUUCCUCCGGCCUGACCUUUUCUCGGGUCUGCGCGAACCUGCUCGGGGCAUGCUUUUAUUCGGUCCUCCGGGUACAGGCAAAACCAUGCUUGCUCGAGCAGUAGCCACCGAAUCCAAAUCGACCUUCUUCUCUGUUUCCGCGUCAAGCUUGACAUCCAAGUGGCAUGGAGAAAGCGAGAAGCUUGUGCGAGCCCUGUUCGGGUUGGCCAAAGCCCUUGCGCCUUCUAUUAUAUUCGUUGACGAAAUCGACUCCCUGUUGUCGGCACGGUCAUCGGGUUCUGAGCAUGAGGCCUCACGCCGUUCGAAGACGGAAUUCUUGGUGCAGUGGUCCGACCUUCAGCGCGCUGCUGCUGGCCGCGAGCAGUCAGCUCGAGACAAGAAAGAGGGCGAUGCUACACGUGUGCUUGUAUUGGCAGCCACUAAUAUGCCCUGGGACAUUGACGAAGCUGCGCGCCGUCGUUUCGUUCGCCGUCAGUACAUCCCAUUGCCUGAGCACCAUGUUCGUGAGCAACAGCUGCGCACGCUUCUCGGCCACCAGCACCACGAACUGAGUAGUGAAGAUAUUGAGGUUCUAGUCCAUGUAACUGAAGGCUUCUCCGGCUCAGAUAUAACGGCUCUUGCAAAAGACGCUGCCAUGGGCCCCCUCCGCAAUCUCGGGGAAGCUCUCCUCCACACGCCCAUGGACCAGAUUCGCCCAAUCAAGUUCCAAGACUUUGAAUCUAGUCUGUACUCUAUCCGGCCUAGUGUCUCGUCUGAUGGCCUCCGCAGGUAUGAAGAGUGGGCGAAGGAGUUUGGUGAGAGAGGCGGCUAA